UCUCAUUUAUUCCCCAAAGCCCCUCCACCUUCUCAUUAAUUACAUUGAUAUCCUCUUCCUCACUUGUCUCCUAUACUAGCCCACACUGUCUCACUCCUCUUCCAUUCUCCCUUACACAGACAUAUUCUUCACUUCUCUCUCUUCGCAACAAUGUCGGUACACAAAACGCUGCGUUUCACUGUCUGUCUCUUAGCCCUCCAUUUCUUUCUCCUUGAAGCCGCAACAAACCCAGAUUUGAAACCGCUUCUAGACUUCAAAGCUUCUUCCGACGAAGCUGACAGGCUCACCACUUGGAACGACACGUCGGACCCAUGUAGCGGUUGGACUGGAGUCUCUUGUCUUCAAAACAGAGUUUCACGACUCGUCCUGGAGAACCUCGAACUCAGCGGUUCGUUUCAGUCACUCACUUUUUUGACUCAGCUCCGUGUUUUGAGCCUUAAAAACAACCGCUUCACAGGUUCUGUCCCGGACCUUUCUAACUUCACGGCGUUGAAGCUUCUGUUUCUCUGUCACAAUGAAUUUUCCGGCGACUUUCCGGCGUCGGUUCAGUCGCUGUCUAGACUCUACCGUCUUAAUCUGUCGUAUAACAAUUUCACUGGGUGGAUUCCGGCGACCGUCAACCAUUUGACACAUCUUUUGACUCUUCGACUUGAAGAGAACGGGUUCUCCGGUCAAAUCACGGACCUGAAUCUGCAGAAUCUGCAAGACUUCAACGUUUCGGGUAACAAGCUUUCGGGUAAAAUCCCAGACUCUUUGUCAAGCUUCCCUUUGUCUUCAUUCUCUCAAAACGCAGCGCUUUGUGGAUCCCCAUUGCAAGAUUGCAAAGCAGACGUAUCUGACCCCAAAAAACCCGGAUCCGAUGGCGCCAUUGCUUCGCCACUCAACCCAGGAAACAACCCAUCAAGUGUAGUAACUUCGUCACCAAGCUCCAUUCCCACGACCACAAACCCAAACACACCACAAAACCCUCACAAAACACAUGCCAAAGUAAGCUCUAUCGCCGUAAUAGCCAUAAUCGUCGGAGACUUCGUAGUUCUUGCAAUCAUUUCUCUCUUACUCUACUAUUACUUCUGGAGAAAUUACGUGCGUGACAGAAAGAGGUCAAAGCUGAUGGAGGGUGAAAAAAUCGUUUACUCUUCCAGCCCGUAUCCGGCUCAGUCGGCGUAUAACGAGCGGGGGAGCAUGGUGUUUUUCGAGGGAGUGAAAAGGUUUGAGCUGGAAGACUUGCUUAGAGCCUCGGCGGAAAUGCUUGGUAAAGGCGGGUUUGGGACGGCGUACAAGGCCGUGCUCGAUGACGGAAGUGUGGUGGCUGUAAAAAGGCUAAAAGACGCGAGUGUUGGUGGGAAGAAAGAGUUUGAACAACACAUGGAGGUUCUGGGGAGAUUAAGGCAUCCCAAUUUGGUUGGUUUGAAGGCUUAUUAUUUUGCCAGAGAAGAGAAAUUGCUUGUUUCUGAUUUCAUGCCCAACGGAAGCUUGUUUUGGCUGCUCCAUGGUAAUCGAGGACCAGGGCGCAUGCCGCUGGACUGGACAACCAGACUGAAAAUUGCGGCGGGGGCGGCGCGUGGACUGGCAUUCAUUCACAACACAUGCAAAUCACUUAAAAUUUUCCACGGUAACAUCAAGUCUACGAACGUCCUCCUGGACAAGACAGGCAACGCACGUGUCUGUGACUUUGGUCUCUCAAUCUUUGCUUCUCCGAACACUGUCCAAAGAUCCAACGGCUACCGUGCGCCUGAACUUACAUCAUCGGACGGUCGGAGACAGUCCCAGAAAUCGGAUGUCUACUCGUUUGGGGUACUCUUGCUGGAGAUACUGACGGGCAAGUGCCCGUCUGUGAUUGACGGAGACAGCGGAGCCGGGGUGGGGUACGGAGGCGUGGUGGACCUGCCACGGUGGGUUCAGUCGGUGGUGAGGGAGGAAUGGACAGCGGAGGUAUUCGAUUUGGAGUUGAUGAGAUACAAGGACAUAGAGGAGGAGAUGGUGGGAUUGCUGCAAGUUGCAAUGUCUUGUACGGCGGCGUCCUCUGAUCAACGGCCGAGCAUGGGACAGGUGGCGAAGAUGAUAGAGGAGAUACGCGGAGUGGAGGUGUCGCCGUGUCAUGAGAACUUUGAGUCGGUAUCUGACUCACCUUGUUUGUCUGAGGAGACGAUGGGGGGAGUGAGUCAGUGAGGGAGUUGAGUUUGGUUGAAUAGAAUAGAAUAGAAUAGUUGUUAUUAUUGUAAUUAAUGGGGUUUCCUUCCUUGUAUUUUGUUUAUUUUUAAACAGGCUAUGGAUAUGGAAAUGGAUGGAUAGUGGAAGUAAUGUGUUAGUACCGGAAACA